GAAGUCAGCCCCUUGCACCCCACCCCACCCAAACUAAAGGUGGGCUCACUGCUCCUGAAGUUUCUUUCUGCUUCCUGUUAGCGGCUUGUUCUGCAUGGUGACGGCUGUGGUGCCCAACCACCCAGAUGGCCUCCAAGGCACUCAGUAAAGUGGGAGAUGGGGAGGAGACCACACUGAAGAAGGAAAACCUCAAUGUUAUAAAUGCGCUUGACCAACUGCCAAAGCCCCUUCCAAACCCCAAGUUUAUGAACCGGACCAUCGCUACCAAAGGACGCCCGCUUUCCUCAACAGGCAAUUUGGCAACUCUGUUGGAGGCAGAGUCCAUCAAUCUCAUGAAGCCGAUGCCAGUAGAGGACUCCGAGUACAGCUCCGAUGAUACCAGCAUUUCCCCCAUCUCAUCCACCUCGUUGAACCCUGUCAAACUGGCCGUGACCCAGCCCAACAGCAGCUUCUUCGCUGGACUGCUGGAGGGUGAACUGAACAAGCUCAGCUUUCCCCCGACAGCCAAGAACACAGCCAAGGAGGGGAACCUGGCCCUGUGCCCCUGCCCAUCUACAUCCCAAAUUGUCCCCCAGGGCCUGGUGGACCUUGAGAAAUCAGAAGCAGACACAGACACCUCCUCCACGCGCUCGGAAUCACCUGUGGUCGUGGAUGUGCCCGAGCCUCCCUUCAUCUGUGAACACACCGCCAGUGACUCCACAGCAGUGAUUUCCUGGACCUAUGCCCUGGGCAAGCAGCAGGUCAGUUUCUACCAAGUCCUGUUACAAGAGGUUGCCAAGAAGAAAGAUGAGCUGCCCAGGGCAAAAAACUGCCCCUGGAUCUUUAACAAGAUCUUGGGCACCACUGUCAAGCUGAUGGAGCUGAAGCCUAACACGGGCUACUGCCUCACUGUCCGUGCAGCCAACACAGCUGGGGUGGGGAAGUGGUGCAAGCCCUACAAGUUUGCAACCGUGGCCAGGGACUUAAGCAGCUUCUCUGAGCACAGCCCCAUCCAGAUCACUGUGAAGCGCAAGGAACCCCAGCGGAGGACAGUGUGCAUGGGGCCGGAGGACAUGCGGAAGUUGGAGGAUCUGGAAUACCUAUGUCCCUACUAGCAGAGGGCCCAGGACGCUCCUUGUCUGCUGAUAGCCUUGGCCCAGGGCCCUCAGGCAUCGGAACCUCGCCAGAGAGCCACUGGCUACCCUGCCAGCUCAGGGCCUGGUGGUACUGGUACCAGAAUGCCAACCCUGGGCCAGGGCCAAAUUCACCCGAGACACUGCAGCCCCCGACCAUUAAAGAACUGCAGGUCAU